GUGGAACUUGGUUUUCAAAAUAAAUAAUGGCUGAAUGACAUUAGCAAUUAUCUAGUUAUCUUAUUGUUUACUUCCUCGUUAUGGGGUGUUUUGUUAUUGAGAUGAAGAUUAUCUACUUAGCAAUUGAUAGUAGGGAUUUUACGUAGUUUUAUUCGGGAAUGGCUUAAUAUAGGUUGUUAGUCGUGUAAUUAUCAACUUUGUUAUUUGAUAACAGAUACUUAGUCUUCAAUUUAUGGUCAAAUGUUAUAAAUUUGAAGAAUGACAGUGAUAAAUUUUACUAAUUUAGAUAAAACUUAUAAUUCUUCAAACCAGAGGCAAAGUCACUUAGGCUCUGAGAAACAGGAUAACAAAAGAAAAGACCCUGCUCUGAAACAUUGUUUAUUGGAUAGUAUUUUUGCCUGUUUUAUAAUUUUCCUGUCACUAUGUUUAAUCAUGAUGUAUGCGCAUUACAGUUAUGUAGAUGGGAACACAGAUUGUCCGAGAUGCCACCGGUAUGAAGAUCUUUUUAAAAAUAUCGAAAAGCUUAAUAAAUAUAAAAAAGUAAGCUGCCAGGGAAAUGAAUUUCAUGGAGAUCAAUCUUUGGUCCCAAAUCAAUAUAGAAUUGUGUGUUACUAUGUUAUACUUAGCAAUUCAACUCAUAGUAGGCAGUUACCUUCUAACUAUGUUGACCCUUACCUCUGUACCCAUAUUAUUGUCGGUUUCACAGCUGUAUUUAAUGGAACCUUAACUCCUCCAACUUCAGAAAUUAUUGAUAUUUACAAAACCAUAACAGCUUUCAAAUUGAUGAAUCCAUCAUUAAAAGUCUUAUUAUCUGUUGAAGACAUGGCAAGUAAUGGAGAAUUUGGAAAAAUGGUAGCUGAUGAAAACUUAAGGCACAAAUUUUCAGUGGAUACAAUAAAUUUUUUGAGUUCCAUGAACUUUGAUGGGAUCGAUCUUGAUUGGGAGUUUCCAGCUUGGCCUAAUCCAAAUAUCGAGCAAGCCAAAAAUUUUACAAUCCUUCUGGAAAACUUAAAAAAUGAAAUUGCAUUUCGAAACAAUGAAAGUUAUAUAUUAUCUGUAGCUGUUGCUGCUCCAGAAGUUAUAAUUGAUCAAAGCUACCAGAUUCGAGAUAUGGCGAGGUUUGUCGAUUUCAUAAACUUGAUGUCUUAUGAUUAUCAUAUGUAUACAGAUUAUUUACCAUUAACUGGUCCAAAUUCGCCUUUAUAUCCAAGACCAGCUGACAGACUUUUUCAGCAAACUCUAAACAUAAAUUGGUCAGUUUCUUUAUGGAUGAAGUGUGGAAUGCCAGCAUCAAAGAUAAAUAUUGGGAUACCAACCUAUGGCCAUUCUUUCUGGCUUAUCAAUGAAGAUAAUAAUGGUUGGAAUGCUCCUGCUAAAGGAUUUGGUACCAUAGGGAGUGGGGGCUUUAUCACAUACCCAGAUGCUUGUCAUUUCAUUGCCGAUCCUUCUUCAACUAAUCACUUUGAUGAUGAUUAUCGUGUACCAUAUUCCUUCAAUGGUAGAAAUUGGAUUUCCUAUGACAAUGAGAUGAGUGUUCGAGAGAAAGCAAAUUACAUAAAAGAAAAUAAGUUUGGUGGUGCCAUGAUCUACUCAUUAAAUAGCGAUGAUUUUUAUGGUGAAUGUGGAACUGUUAAAUUCCCACUUCUUCGAAGAAUAAGUGACAUCCUUUCCUAAUGUGCCAAUCCCUUCAAUGUUAGUUAAAUUAUAAGCAAUAUUCCAUGUGAUAAAAUUUUAAAAUAGUUGUUAAAUUCAGUCAAACCUCUAUUUAUAUAUCUAACAAAGGUUUCUUGAAAAGAAAAAAUUAAUAUAAUGAAAGAUUGCAAUUUUUUAUAUCCUAAGUUUUAAGAAGCAUCAAAGCCUAUUUAUUUUUUAGGUUAUUACAUUUAAAUACUGC